CCCCCACCUCGUUUCCCCGCCGGCUGCACGCUCACAUGCAUCGGGUCGGACCGGCCGGCUGGCACUCAGUUGCCUUUAGCGCCGUGCAUCUCCGAGUCAGUCAGUCAGUCAUUGAGUCAUUGAGUCAGUGAGUCGGAUCGACGGUACGCGUGCGAGAUUUGUCGAGUGUUAAGCGUGCAACAACCAAAGAGUGCAGUGAACGAAACCAAAUCGAUACCAAAAGACGGAACGUAGAACAGUUUAGGGGAAGAAAGAGCAGCACGCGUGUCGUUUCUCGGUUUCCGAAAUGACGCAACGAGAGUGUCGCUUGUGGUUCGCUUGAAAGUACCUAGUUGAUCAAGAUUCAGGAAGGAAACAGUAAAAGUGACGAGCCAAACCAGGAAGAUCAAGACGUCCAAGAUGAUGAAAAAGGAGAAACCGAUGAUGUCGGUCACCGCCAUCAUCCAAGGGACUCAGGCCCAACAUUGGUCGCGUGGAAACACUUGGUUAAGUCUGGAUAACAGUAACAUGUCCAUGUCUUCGGUGGGUCCGCAGAGUCCUCUCGACAUGAAGCCCGAUACAGCGAGUCUUAUCAGUCCCGGAAACUUCAGUCCCUCCGGUCCCAACAGUCCAGGAUCCUUCAACGCUGGUUGUCACAGCAACCUUCUGAGCACGUCGCCGAGUGGCCAGAACAAAGCAGUGGCACCAUACCCGCCGAACCACCCUCUUUCUGGUAGCAAGCACCUUUGCUCGAUCUGCGGAGACCGCGCCAGCGGCAAGCACUACGGCGUCUAUAGCUGCGAGGGCUGUAAGGGAUUCUUCAAGAGGACCGUUCGCAAGGACCUCUCGUACGCGUGCCGCGAGGAGAAGUCCUGCAUCAUCGACAAGAGGCAGAGAAAUCGUUGUCAGUAUUGCAGAUACCAGAAAUGCUUGGCUAUGGGUAUGAAAAGGGAGGCGGUCCAGGAGGAACGUCAGCGCACCAAGGAGCGGGAUCAGAGCGAGGUGGAGAGCACGAGCAGUUUACACUCGGACAUGCCGAUCGAACGAAUCCUGGAGGCUGAGAAACGAGUCGAAUGCAAGAUGGAACAGCAAGGAAAUUACGAGAACGCAGUGUCGCACAUUUGCAACGCCACGAACAAACAGCUGUUCCAGCUGGUAGCAUGGGCGAAACAUAUCCCACAUUUUACGUCGUUACCACUGGAGGAUCAGGUACUUCUACUCAGGGCUGGAUGGAACGAACUGUUGAUAGCCUCCUUCUCUCAUCGUUCCAUCGACGUGAAGGACGGCAUUGUUUUGGCGACAGGUAUGACCGUUCAACGAAACACGGCGCACCAGGCUGGCGUGGGCACGAUAUUCGACAGAGUGCUUUCGGAGCUCGUCUCGAAAAUGCGCGAGAUGAAAAUGGACAGGACUGAGCUUGGUUGUCUGAGGUCCAUCAUUCUCUUCAAUCCGGAGGUCCGAGGACUAAAGUCCGUCCAGGAAGUGACUCUGCUUCGCGAGAAGAUUUACGCAGCCUUGGAAGGAUACUGUCGCGUGGCUUGGCCUGACGACGCUGGCAGAUUCGCGAAAUUAUUGUUGCGCUUGCCUUCCAUCCGGUCGAUCGGACUAAAAUGCCUGGAGCACUUAUUCUUCUUCAAGAUGAUCGGCGACGUGCCUAUCGACGAUUUCCUCGUGGAGAUGCUAGAAUCGCGAUCAGAUCCUUAGGAGCAAACGGUGUGCCGCGUUCUGGGGCACACCGAUCUGUGAGAGAACAAGGAUACGUAUGCAUAAACAAAAAAAUGAGAAAAGAAAAAAACGACAAAAAUACAACAUUCAAGGUAAACGUAAAGAAUCUUCGCCGAUUACCGACGCCUCCAUACAAGGCAUUCUCACGUCGAGCAGCGAGAUGGAAUUUACUUACAUUUCCCUUCUCACUUUCUUAUUUAUGACUUUAUUAACGGUUCUUGUUCGACGUAAGGAGGCAGUCUUUCGUUCGAUUCGUAUCGAGAGCACGGCGGAAGUCGCAACGAUGCACUCGGAUAGAAAUAACAGUGGUGUUGCUAGAGCUUUUUAGCGUUGAAAGUUUGUGACACGUCUGUCAUGCCAUCGUCCGAGCAAAGUUCCCCGUAGACGUGUAACCUCGUCACUGAAUUAGCGAUCUUCGAUUAGCACGGGUUUCGAUUGCGUCUACGUCGAUCCCACUGCGCCCCCUGCAGCCAUGGAAGUUCCUAAGACACUCACGUUUCGUUUCUUGUUGUCAUUCACAUGUUGUCCCUCCGCCAACGAGUCAGUCCUCAUUGCUUCUCAAGUCUUUCAAAAUAGUUUUACGAAUCGCCGGGCGACGAUCCUCUUUUGCAUCAUCUUCGACGUGGGCGCAAUCUAUGCAUAAGUUCUCGGGUAUUUUUACAUUCCAACUCUGCCUCGAUUCGGAUCGUCACUUGGAAGAGCCACGAUUGCAUAUAGAUAAUAUACAUACUUGCAUAAAUGAAUGCGUUUUACACGUGUGCACUACGAUAAUUUAUUGUUUUGUAUUUUAGAAUAUAGAAAGAGAUAAACUUACUAAUUCAUUAUUAAUUGAAUAUGUUAUAAUAGUUCUUUUUUUACAUAUAUAUUAAGCUUAAUAUAUACAGCUUAUGUCUGUAAUAAAAUAUCAAAACAACGUCAUCGAGACGUUAAGGAUCAUUGACACGUUAUUGAGAUAUUCGAAUGUAAAGACUUUUACAUUGAGAGAGAUUUUCACUUUUGGUAGAGCAAAUUCUCAUGAAAAUUUCAAUUAGAUACACAGUUUUUCGUACCAAGUUUUCUGCCUUUUGUCUCUGAUUGUAAUUUUACAGUGCUAUGUAUAACGGCAAAUAAGGUGUAAAUGUUUCUCGAUAGUUUAUUGCCUAACGCAAAAAUUUUCUUUUCUUUUGGAAAUGUUCGACGCGCUACGAGAUAUAGGAAUUCCUAAAAUUUCAAAGAGAUACUUGCAAGAUGUAUGGUUAUCCUUUAAAUCUAGACACAUAGGAAUUAACUGAUCAAGGACAGAGCUAAGAUAGAUACUUUACUGUCGUUGUUAGAAAUUUACAGAACUCUUUUAUGAUUUCAACUGAAGGAUGUAAGAAAAUAAUAAUUUUAUGCACUGUAAGCAUCUAUUUUAAUUCUAUUUUUAUUAUAUUUGUAGUCUUUAUAUAUAUAUAUAUAUAGAGAGAGAGAGAGUAAUGAAAAAUUUUAAUCUUGUUUUUUAAAGAUUAUAUUUUUAACUAGAUAAUUAUUGACCUGAGUCGGUUGCAAUAAAUUCCAAAUUUUAUAUUUUAAUCUUCGAUUUAGUUUAAGGUUAUGAAAUUAGUGGAAUAUGUAUUUUAUAAUCUCGUUGUCCUGAUCUUAGUGCAUUAAUUCGGAAAUUUAUAGAAAUUUAUUUAUACAUUUUUUUGUAAAAUAUCUCGAAAGAUAUAUAUUUAUCUUUAUUUUAUUUCGAUUGUAAAUUUUACGAAAAAAAAUUUAUCUUAACAUCCUUCAGUUUUAGUCAUCUACAUAAAUUACUAUAGUACCCUAGAAAUCGUAAGAAAUGAUCAUACUUACUUCGAUAAUAUAAAUUAUGAUAAUAUUAAAUAUUAUUAAACAUAUUUCUAUUUUUGCGUGAAUGCUUACGAUUGUUAGUUGUUGGUUAUUGUUAUCUAUUUGAUGAGAGUUUUUAAUGUUAUGCAUACCAUGAGAGAAACACAAUAUUAAAUUUCCGAUUUUUUUUUGGUAACAUACUGGAGUUGCUGUUCAUUUCAGACGCCUGCUAUAUUAUUUUUUAGUGUUCUUAUAUGGAAUGAUAAUGAUGAACCUUGAAUAUUACUCUACUCAAUUAGCACGAUUUUAAAUAAUUUGUGACAAAUGCAAACCAAAUAACGCAAUUUAUAUAUAUUUAUAAAAUAAUAGGAAAACUUUAUCACAAUUUUGUAAUCUAUUUCCUUUGUCGUAAUGUUCUGUUUUCUUUAUAUUCACUUCAAAAAUACAUCUUGACCAAAAUUACCUCUGAACAAAA